AUAUAACAACUAUUGACUCUCGUGUCGUGAAAACCGUGUAUUUUUCGUUCUGCAUACUCGAUAUAUUCUGCGUUUGCCGAAAAAUUGUAUUGAAUUUCAGUUUUCUGUUAUAAUAAAGUAUUAAAAUGAUGCAGUUUAUGCUACUGUUCAGCCGGCAAGGCAAACUUCGUCUACAAAAAUGGUACGUUGCCCAUCCGGACAAGGUGAAGAAGAAGAUAACCCGGGAGCUCAUUACGACGAUUUUGUCACGGAAACCCAAAAUGUGUUCAUUCCUGGAGUGGAAAGACUGCAAAAUUGUGUACAAAAGAUAUGCGAGUUUAUACUUUUGCUGUGCAAUCGAACAGAAUGAUAAUGAGCUGUUAACACUCGAAAUCAUUCACAGAUAUGUGGAAUUGUUAGACAAGUACUUCGGAAGUGUUUGCGAGCUGGAUAUAAUCUUCAACUUUGAGAAGGCCUACUUCAUUUUGGAUGAGCUGUUGGUGGGUGGUGAAAUCCAGGAGACGUCGAAAAAGAAUGUCCUUAAAGCAAUUGCUGCCCAGGACGUCCUCCAAGAGGAUGAGACGGUAGAUGGCGCACUGCGAGAGAUCGGACUGCUGUGAGAACGGAAAACGAGAUAGGCGGCAGCUCGGAAUGAUUCGAUUGUACCCUAACCCACCCACAGCGAACGGGUUUUUGUUUCGUAUGUCUGUAUGCGUGUGUGUGUAUGGGUUCAAUCCAAUUUCAAUCGUUUGAAACCAAUGGAAAGUUUAACUUAAGAAAUCCAGCUAGGUAGUAGUAGUUUGUACGAAAUUUUGUACAUUCAAUUUUUCCUGUUAUUUUUUGUACUUGACUAGUAGUGAGUCCAAUUCUAUUAUUCUAACGACGUUCAAACAAAAAAUGUGAAAGUUUGCAGCCUUAAGUUGAGUAGUUAAAGUACGGAAUACUAGAAAUAGCAAGAUCAUAUAUAAUAAUUAAAUCCCACAAUAAUUUUGUCAUUUUCCACAAAUGUCGCACGUUAUCUCUAAUUUUACUAAUAAGGCAUAUUAAUCGAUUUUUAUUCAUGUUGUUCGGCAAUUUUAAACUUUUAUUUUUAGUCACCAGAUAACGCAAUGCUACUGUCCCAAAAUGGGAGCAUGUGCCUUGUUACAUUUUUCUAAAAUGUAGUUGAGUACUAUAAUAGUUUUUAUUUGGAACACUGCGGGUGGUUUGGCAUAGGAAUAUCUUUUUAUAUUCGCAACAUUGUCGUUUAUUUGAAAAUCUUUUCAACCUUUUGUAAAAGGGAUCUAUAAUAUUUGUGGCUCAUGAACGCAUUUGUUGAAUUAUUAAGGUCACUUUUGUUACUAUAGAUAAACCGCAACAACUUUCAGAAUUAUUAGUUCUACACAGAAUAGUAAAUUAAACACGAACUUUAAUCAGGGAACUAUUCACGGUAAAGCAAAUGUUAAAGCUUAACUUAAACUUAAGUAAGUUGAAAUAAAUUAACUAACACGUGUCUCAGUAGUAUUUUGCGCUCGCUGUGUAGUAAUGGUGGUUGGGUUAACUCAUCGCUCUUUAUAACGUAGAAACGUAGAUUAAUAUACAGUUUGCGGCACAAAGCUUAAGAAUUACACUAUUUAUUCGACCAAACUUGCUCACAAGGCCAUAAUUCUGUUCGUAGAGUAGAGAUAGAUAUCCUGUAUAAAGGUGAGUUGUUUAAAAGAAGUAGUUCAAAGAAAACAUCGCAGAUAGUACCGAGAAAUAUGACUAUUGAGAAUCAAAGUUCGAAUGUGAACUGAUUUUAAUGGUGUGCAUACGUGGAUCUGAAAACUACCAUGAAAAUACAAUAAAAGUUCUAUAAAAACUAUAGAAAUUCAAUAGAAGCACAAAAAGAGCACCAUAUAAUACCCAUACAUUAAAUACCAGAAAAUACUAUUGAAAUACCAUAAAAUUACCAUACAAUACUUUGGAAAUGCUGCAAAUCUAUCUUAAAAUUACCAUAGAAAUUUAAAAGGGUCUUAAAAAUGAACAAUAAAAGUGCCUUAAAUAUUAUGAGAAGACACUUCAAAGGUACUAUAACAAACAAUAGAAAUACUGCAAUAAUACCAUACAAUAACUAUAAAAAUAUCAUUAAGACGCUGCCCGAGCAGAGUCUGAUAAAAAAUUGAGAACUAAACUUGAUGUUGUGAUAUAGUAGGGAAUGAUUGCUCAGGUUGUUAUCAUUUUGGUCGUUUUAACGGUUAAAAGAUCAAAAUCGAAAGCCGAAAAAUUGCACUAUGACAUCAAACAGAAAACUAUUUAUGCUAUCAGUGAAAGCAAAUAUAAAACUCAUUGAGAUGGUGAAAUAUUUCAUUGAAAACAAAAUAAGUAAUCAAUUUGAUGUUUGUCAAAGAAAUAGAAACAAACUUUUUUUUUUCUAAAAAUGUAAGCACAUCAAAAUGAGAUCAAAAUAUGAUGUCAUAUCUGAAAAAGUUUAAAUAUCAAUAUGUUGUCUAUUUGCUGUAAUUUUGAUGUUGAACUUUGCUCGGGUGUACCAGUGUAAACGCUAAAAAUUUGGGUGAUUCUCGGGAAUUUAAAAUUUAAGUAUACUUUAUGAAAUAUGAAAUGUCCUCCUCCGCUGCCACGACUCUGGCCGAAUAAGUAACUGGAAAAAGUGGUUACACUAAAAGGUAUUUCCAAUACAAUGACAUAGAAUUUUCGAAUAACAUCAAAAUUUAUCCAAAAAAAAAAUCAGAUCAAUCGGAUGAUUUAGGUUAUGAUGACAGCAAAUUUGAAAAAAGUUAUAUAAAGAAAAACGCAUUUAGCGAUUAAACUAACGAUUUUUGCAAGAUAAAAUUAAAUUAACCAUAAAAACUGAUAAAUAGCUAUACCUGGCCUAUUUCACGGAAUAUUUUCAAAAAUAUAAACUGUCAAAUAUGACAAAAACCGAUUUUUUUUUUCUAAAGUUUUACACUGUACCAUAAAAUACUAAUAAAAUGCCAUAAAAUAACAAAUGUUCCAUAAAAUAUUAUCGAAAUAUCGCAGAAGGAUCAGAAAAGUGGCGGUAAAAUGCUAAAAACGUUAUACAAAGACAGUAAAAAUAACCGCAAAAUACAUUAAAAAUGCUUAAAAAGUGCAAUGAAAAAUGCAAAAGAAAUAUAAUAAAACGACCGUAAAUUUUUUUAAACCAUCAUAACUGCUAUAGAGAUGCUGUAAAUAUAUCACAAAAACACCAUGAAACUGCCAUUAAAUUCCAUAAAAAUAUUACAAUUACCAUAAAAGUACCACAAUGUCCAAUACAAAUACUAUAAAAAUACCAUUGAAAUACUAAAUAUGCAAUAAAAGUACCAUACAAAGGGGGUUCCAUACAAAAUUUGGAAAUGCUUUAAUGUACUAUACACAUGCCGCAAAACUACCAUAAUAAUGUUAUAAAAAUACAAUAAAAAUACCCAUAAUAUUGUAGAAAUAUCAUGAAAUGUUUAAAAAAAGAUCAUCGAAACUACUCUAAAAAUACCUUAAAAUAUACUGUAAAUGAGAAAUUGGUAGUUGUUUACUUCAAAAUGGGGUAUCUUGGAAUCGAUUCAACUUAUAUUGAGGUUUUUAUGUAAAAAUGUCUGGGGAACACAAAAAUUUAAAUAUAGGGUAAUAUGGGCUCUCCCCACAUUUCUGCCGCACAUUUCUAAAAAUCGAUCCUGCAUCAAAGUAAACCAUUCAAUAUUCGAUGAAAUCAUUUUUAUCAAUUGCGACAAGUUUCUGAAAUACUGUGAAAUGGUUGCUGGCAUGAAAAAAAUUCAUUAAAUUUUCACGAAUAUUUAAAAUAAAAAGUCAUUGCGGGAGAGAUAUCGCAUGUGCGGGUGAGACGCUGUACCGUGGACACAAACUGAAAAAAAAGGUGAGCAAAAGUAUUUUUUAGCUCACGUUGAUGUUUUUUUUGUAAUUAGGUAUCCGGCUGAAUUUCAUGAAGUUUGAUUAUACCUAUAAAUCGGCUAGCACCUACACUUUUCUUAAGGGAGUCUACCAUUUCUAGAAACAUUUUUUUAUUCAACAUUUUAGUAAUAUUUUUCUUUCGCAAUCUUGUGUAACGGUUAAGUUUGAGUAACUUAAUUAAGGGUACUAUUUAUCUAUAUGUUUGUACGAGCGAUAAAUAUCUAUGUGUUAGUAAAGAUUCCUUAGAAGCAGUUUUUGGCUGUUUAUCCCAACAAUGAGUUUAUAUAACUUAGGUUUGUUCUUGAAUGAUUCAUUUUGAAAAAAAGCAUUAAUUCUUUGAAAUUUUCGCUAUUAUCCUAAUAUUGACAUCACUACAAAUCAAUGCGUUUACGAAAGUUAGUGCCGGAAGCUAUAAGGAAUAAACCGAAGUAACCUAUACACUCAGGUUUUUUUACGUGGUUUGUUUUGGGCGAUAUUUUUUACGCGGUUUUUUUACGCGGUUUUAGAAAUUUAAUUUAUUUUCAUUUACGCGGAUUUUUUAAUUUACGCGGUUUUCGUUUACGUCGUUUUCAUUUACCCGGCCUGUAUCUUCCGCGUAAAAAACCUGAGUGUACUUAAAUAUAUCGCCCGUUUAAAUAUAUAGAUAAAUUGACUCAUAAUCCUUUAUGUCACUGUGUUAGGUCCGUUAUUUUGUGGAUAUUCCUUAUUAAGAGCCUAUACCUGACGCAAAUGAUCGUUUAAUGACAUUCCGAGGUGAAAAAAAAUCAUUUUGGCUAUGGAUCCUUCAUGUGCGGCAUCUCCCCGCAAUUUUGAUGCGCAGAUAUAUCCCAAUUGUAGGGGAAAGAUGCCGCGCGACGACAUUUUCCUCUGAAAUUAUGGAUGACUAUACUCAUGAUCAGGAUGCCUUCUAAAAGGUUCCAGCUAUUCAACCGAUACAUGAUUUACCAAAAAAAAACGAACAAUUUAGAAAAACCAAAUCUUAAUGUGGUACUGAAUAAUUUUCGACGGUCCGUGAUGCAACUAGACGCACAUAAUCAUUAAUAUAAUUUUCGUGAGUUAAUAAUAAGGAUUAUUUUACAUCUCCAGUGUUGUAAUUCUUCGAACGACAAUCUCACAAUAUCAUAUUAUACUACGUUCACACUACAGAGUUAAAACACGUUAUAAUAAUUAACAACAAGAAAAAUGUCAUCAAGAUAGCGUUAAAACACGUUUUAACUCGUAGUGUGAACAUGGUAUUACCGUAUGAAAGUGACCGCAUAUACGAGAUAUAGAGAGUGCGGCAUCUCUCCUGACGCGGCAUCUCUCCCAAAAUUACUCUAUAUGAGAAAUUAAGAAAAAAAUUGCAUGAUUGGCAGUACAGGUGCGAAAAACUAUUUUUUCCUAGAUUGCUUGGACAAGGUCAAUCAAAAAGCAUCUCAUGGAUUGAUUCUAGAGGAAAUAGUACCUGAGAUGCAAUUAACAGUUCUUAAAAGUCUUUUUUUGAAAAAAUUGGCGAAACGGGUCAUACUCCCGUGGACCAAGAGGUAAUCCAAUCGACACAGAAAUUUGGCUUGUCAUUUUGAUGAGCGAUUUCCCCCAAAUUGGUUAAAAUUAGUAAAAGUUGAUUUCUAGAAUGCACUUCCGUCACUUCGGCGCAGAAUGGCCAUAUAUUUUUUGAAAUUCGUACACCAUACGGUCCAAAUUGUAGGUCCCCAAAUUUUUUAACACGAUGUCUGAAAAGUCCCUAAAACUUGCUACGAAAAUGCCAUAAAAAUAUUUACAAUAAAACAGCCAUAGAAAAAUCAUAAACACACCAUAGAGAUACUGUAGAACUACGACAUAAAACUACAAAACUCCCAUAAAAUAACAGAAAUAUGUCAUUAAAAUUCCGUAAAAGUACCAUAAUUAUGUUAUGGAAAUACUAUAAAAAUACCUACGUUUUUGUCGUGAAAUAGUCAAAAAAGGUCAAGAUUUUUUAGGUAGACUUUCAAUUUUUUACGAUUUUUAAAAGAAAGUGCGUUUUUUAUGUUUUUCGGCAUUCUAGGAAGAAGUGGGCCAUCCAAUUUUUCUUCUCAAAAAAUGCAUAAUCGGGUUCGGGCUUAAGAACCUGAAACCCGGACCCGAUACAAACUCGACGGGUUUCACGUUUCAGGUUCUAUAAUUUUAAAAUUGUCGAGCUCGGUUUUUUAUUAUCCUAUUGCAAUUGUUAUGAUUUUUUUUUAUGUUGACAAUAGCAGGGCGCGUGAUGGUUCAUUCGAGUGGUUCAAUUUUCGAAGAUAAAGUAUAAAGUAGAAGUAUAAAGCAUUUCAAGUGGUAUCUGGCUAAUUACUCUAGUACCCACAAUAAAAAUAAAACAUCUUAAAGGUGUCUACUAUAACAUACAACUAUCUUAAAAGUGCUAGAAUUUUACUAAGUAACUAAAAAUUGCUAUAAAACACCAUAAAACUACUUUUAAAAUAAAAUAAAAUAAAAAUACUAAAAAAUACAGUAAGAGUUGUAGUAAUACCACGAAAGUUCUUUAAAAUAACCAUAACGACGCUAUACAAAUACCAUAAAAAUGCCAUAGAUAAUCUGAAAACAAACUUUUGAACUUUUGACAGAUAGCUGAAUAGAACGAACACUGUUUCAUGUUUACUGAUUCUAUAACAAGUUUAUUCGCUAAGUAAAGACAACAGUUCAGAAAAAAAUAAUCCUUUCAGAAACUAUAUUAACUUUCAAUUUCUCGAGUCAUGUUUCUCGGUAUGAGUCCCCUGCAUUGCAUACUGUUAGUAUUUUGUAAAGUUUCGUAAUCUACGAAAGAAACAUCCCUAUAUUUAUUCGGUUAGGUAACCAUCCCUCGAUUUCAAUUCAGAAUAUGCAUGUUAUCCGCUCUCUGAUCACUACCGUAUGUAAACGCUUCCCCGUAACAACCUGCAGUGAAUCGCCAUUUCCUCAGUUGUGCAGUGCUUAAAAGGCUACUAAAAACGUUACGCCAAUUUAUAUGGGAUUGACAUCCCUUCAGAUAGCAAGCGCACGUUCGACAGACAUGGUUCUCGGGUUCUUCUGGUUCUUUACCAAAGUGCAGUGAGAUGGCGAGAGAAAGCUGAAUUGCAAUGUAUCAGUUUUUGUUUAUUUUUGUUUGUUUUCCGAAUCUUUUCUCAAAACCAUAUAUACCUCCUAACCACCGACAAUGCCGGCUGUUGCC